AUGACUUCAACAAAAAAGAACAAUUUUAAAGAGGAAAAAUUGUCAGAACUGGCUAACAAAAUUGACGAAACUGACGAAAUGAAAUUAAAAAUGCUAGCGGCUCUUGAAAAACCAGAUCCUGAAGACGUUUUGUAUCCACCGGAAUUAAAUGCUCAUUUAAUUGAACAAUUAAAGGUAAUGACAUGUGAAAAUAAUGAAUUACGUAAGUUAAUAUUUUCAAAAGAUGAAGAAACUAAGCAACUGAAUAAAACGAUCACUGAAUUGAAUCAACGAAUUCGUGAUAUAAUUUCCGGUACUGGGCCAGCAAUAUCUUCGAAAUCUGCCGGUAUAAUUAGUGCAAAAAUUACUGAACUAUGCAAGCAAAACCGACAUUUAGUUGCAGAACUAGAGGGAUAUAAAACAAAGAAUUCUUCUUUGGAACGAAAAAUAAUGCAGUUAGAUUUAAUGAACAAAGAACACGAUAAAUUAGAUAUUUGUUUAUGUAAAGAAGACACUACCGAAGCUAAUUCUGACGAGUUAAAAGAACUCAAUAAUAAACUAGCCAGCGUAAACAAAAAACUUUUCGACAGUAAAAACAGAAACUUAGAAUUAAAAAAUGACAUACUAAUUGCUACCAAGAUAUUACAACAAGAGCUUGGCGAUAAGUUUACUAGUAUUAAAGAACUACAAAAUGAUUUAGCGGGGUGGAAAGGUAGGGCUCAGCAAAUUGUAUUGUUACAAAAUAGAAUAAAUGAACUAGAAGAUAAACUAAAUGGAAAACACAAGGAUCUAAUUGAAGCCAAGAGGAAAGAUCAAAACCAGGUAAUAAGAGAUUUGGAAAUGAAGAGAAAGAAAGAAAUAGACCAAGCUAUGAAGGACUUGCUAUCCCUAAAGGAAGAAAACCAAGACUUAAAAAAAAAGUUAGACGGAGCGAGAUGUAGAAUUAAAAAUUUAGAAUGUGACUCAGUGAUAUUAAAACAGAAAAUGCAGACAUUUGUUGAAAAGAGCAAUCACGACGACAUGUUAAUUAAUGAGCAAAGAAAUCAAAUUAAAAACCUAGAACUAUAUUAUCAAGAUCUUUUGAAAGAUAAUACAAAUAAAAUAAAUAAGUUAAGUAAUGAAAUAGGGCACUUUCACACAUUAUUGAAAAACUCUGACGCAAAAAUUGAGGCACUGCAGAAACAAGCAAUGGAAAAAUCCAUGAAAAUUGAAGAACUCAGAACUCAGUUAUUAAAAUAUGAAGAAUGUUCUUUACAGAGCGUGUUCUUCAAUCCAAUAAAAACGGCUGCCGAUAAUGAAAUAAAGAAGUUGUCUGAACUUGUAAAAAGUUUAAAUGAGCGGUUGGAAAUUGAAAGACACAAAUGCGAUGAUUUAGAAGCUACUCAUCUAAAAUUAAAAGAAAAAAAGAGAAAAUUACAAAAACAGAUCAAUAGCCUUGAAGAUGAGAUAAAAAAUUUAAAAGGUAGUAAGAGGAAUUCAAGAUUUUCUAAAACAUCAAUAGCUAAAGAGCAACAGAUAGACUUUGUGACAUCUUGUUCUCUCGCCAAAAAGCAAUCACCUACUUGUUCCCUUGUACAUAAACAAAGUAUGAGUACAUCUCUUGAAUUAGAGGAUAGUAAAAGUUAUGAAGGUUUGGAUAAAGAGGAAAUGAAAUUUAAAUUAGAAUUAGCUGAAGAAAAACUGAAAAUGAUGGAAGAUAAACUGAAAAUGAUCGAAGAAGAAAAAAGAGAUGAUUUUAAGCACUUGACUGAGAUGAUACAAAACUCAAAACAACUGUUUAAUGAAGCAUUAGCAGUAUUACAAAAAGAGAAAUGCGUUUGUUCGUAA